AUGGAGCCCUCGUCGCCAGCAGCUCCCCAGUUUUCUCUACCUCCCAGCUCAGAACCAGCACAUGAGGAGCCUACCGUUCCCCGACGUACAGGCGAUGCCCUGACUCUCGAUGAAGCAGAGGCCCAAGACGCAGAUGAUACCCAAGACGGCUCCCAGCGAAAGCGAAGGCGGCCAAGGGCCCAAGCCAACGCGGACGUGCCUUUGGUAAAGGAUGCCAUUGGCGAAAGUCUUGCUGAAAGCUUCGAGUCCUUUUUGCGAACCUUCACGACCGAGGUAGAUUUGGCAGGCACACCAGCGUCCGAUGGGUUUGCCCCUCAACAAGAAGGCGAACUCAUUUACAUUGACCAAAUUCAUUCGAUGCGCGAAUAUAAUCUCACUACACUCUAUGUCGAUUUCCGCCAUAUCCUGGAAGCCGAUGAAGUCCUGGGCGACGCCAUCCAGACACACUACUAUCGAUUCUUGCCUUACUUGCGACGCGCUUUGUAUAAUCUCAUCGCUGAGUUCGAGCCUGAAUACCUCAAAAUUAAUCCAACGUCCGCUGCGGCAGACUCCACCAACCUGCAGUCGCGCGAAUUCAGCAUCGCGUUCUAUCAUCUCGGUCUCACUGAAGGCAUUCGACAACUCAAAACGGAGAAGAUUGGUCGCCUUACCAGUAUCAGUGGAACAGUCACGCGUACAAGUGAAGUGCGACCAGAGCUGCUCUAUGGCAGUUUCAUCUGCGAAGUUUGCAACGGAUUGGUGCACGACAUUGAGCAACAGUUCAAAUACACCGAGCCAUCGUUAUGCCCCAAUGCACUCUGCGGAAAUCGAACAGCAUGGCAACUCCAAAUCGACACGUCCAAGUUCACCGAUUGGCAAAAGGUCCGCAUUCAAGAGAACCCAUCCGAAAUCCCUACCGGUUCUAUGCCUCGGUCUUUGGAUGUAAUCUUGCGAGGAGAAAUGGUGGAACGUGCCAAGGCAGGUGACAAGUGCACGUUCACGGGUACCUUCAUUGUAGUACCCGACGUUAGCCAGCUUGGUCUUCCUGGAGGUAACCGAGCGGAAUUGCAACGAGAAGCGAGUAAAGCUGCUGGAGGCGCAACAGCGGGCGUCGGUGGAAGUGGCGUUACCGGCUUGAAGAGCCUUGGUGUCCGCGACCUGCAAUACAAAACCGCAUUCCUCGCUUGCAUGGUUAUGGCAUCGGACGGUCUCGAAAACACCAACAUUCGCGGGGAGGAAGCUUCCGAGGAAGACAGUGGACAGAUGUUUAUCGAUUCGUUGACCACCGCAGAGUACGAAGAACUCAAGGCUAUGAUCAACUCUGAUCACAUCUACUCUCGUCUCGUCCAAAGUAUCGCGCCUACAGUCUAUGGUCACGAAAUAGUCAAAAAGGGCCUGCUUCUACAAUUGAUGGGUGGUGUGCACAAACAAACACCUGAAGGAAUGCACCUUCGUGGCGACAUUAACAUUUGCAUCGUUGGUGAUCCGUCUACCUCCAAGUCCCAAUUCCUGAAGUACAUUACUUCUUUCCUUCCUCGUGCUGUGUACACUUCAGGCAAGGCUUCGUCCGCUGCGGGUUUGACCGCUGCAGUGGUGAAGGACGAAGAAACCGGAGACUUCACCAUCGAAGCUGGAGCUCUGAUGCUGGCAGACAACGGAAUCUGUGCUAUCGACGAAUUCGACAAGAUGGACAUUUCAGACCAAGUCGCCAUUCACGAAGCUAUGGAACAGCAGACCAUUUCCAUCGCCAAGGCCGGUAUCCAUGCUACACUCAACGCUCGCACUUCUAUCCUCGCUGCGGCCAACCCCAUUGGUGGAAGGUACGACAGGAAGAAGUCCCUCCGAGCCAAUCUCCAAAUGAGCGCUCCUAUCAUGAGUCGUUUCGAUCUUUUCUUUGUUGUCCUGGACGAGUGUGACGAGAAGACGGACUAUAAUAUCGCAAGCCAUAUCGUCAACAUUCAUCGACUGCAAGACCAGGCCAUCGAACCCGAGUUUAGUACAGAGACUCUCCAGAGGUUUAUUCGCUAUGCCAGGACAUUCCAACCCAAGAUGACUCGUGAAGCUGCCGACUUGUUGGUCGAAAAGUACCGCAUCCUGCGUCAGGACGAUGCUACUGGCGCAGGCAAAAACUCGUACCGCAUCACUGUUCGACAGUUGGAAAGCAUGAUUCGUCUCACCGAGGCCAUUGCGCGAGCCAAUUGCAGUAACGAGAUCACACCUGCCAUGGUCCGCGAGGCGUACAGCUUGCUCAGGCAAUCCAUCAUCCACGUCGAGCAGGACGACAUUGACUUUGACGAAGAAGAGCUUGAGGGUGAGCGCGAGGGACGGAAUGACAAGAAUGAGGACGACGAUAUGUACGGUGACGACGUGCAAAUGGCUGAAGAAACCCAGGAUAUGGACGAGAGCUCAAUACCUCCUGUUCGACAAGCCUCUAUUGCACCGGCUGGGGGAGCAGCUGCUGGACCAUCUUCGGAAGCUGGCACCGCUGGUGCUCAACCUGCUGCACAAGCACCGGCUAAGCCACGCAAGAAACAUAUGAAGAUCACACACGACCAAUACGUCCAACUACAGAGCUUGAUCGUUCUACAUCUUUCUGCUCACGAACAAUCUACUGGCAAGGGAAUGGACAAGGAUGAUUUGAUCGAUUGGUACCUGGAGAGUAAAGAGGAGGAGGUGCAGGACGUGGAGCAAUUGGAGUACCACAGGGAGCUGAUCACGAAGCUGUUGAAGAAACUUGUCAAGGAUCACUACCUUAUCGAAGUUAGGGGAGACGUUCAGGACUCUCUUCCUUCGGCUCCUUCGGGCGACAGUCAGACCCACCCGUCCACCACAGAUGAUGACAAUGUCCGUUACUACUACAUGGUGCACCCCUCGGUCGACACAGAGGGGUCAUCGUUGACCUCUGGUUUCUAA